AUGGACAUUGGUCGACUGCGAAGAAGUCGCCUUCACUCUCACACGAGCCAACACAACCUAUUCCUCGGCUAUCACAGCAACAGCGGCGGGACCAGCUCCUCAUCGUCCAAUAACGGCAACGCAUCGAGCGGCAACAAUGGCAACGGCUCGUCCAGCGAUACAAACGGGCACGGUGUUCGUCGUCACGCCUCUGUCCCUUUAAACGGCAACCCCUGGGAAGACACCGGCAUGUCCCCUCCCAAAACGGAACGUGGAGGCGAGGGACUGCUGCCUCCUCCUGAAUCAGAGGAUCCCCCUCCUCCACCCCCUCCACCCCUGCCCCACCGGCCACCCCCACCGCCAGCAGGAACCGAGCUCCCACCCGGAACUCCCAUCCACCCGUACAAGGAGAGCAUGGGGAUGGACGCGGACGUCUCCCGCGACUCCGUCUUCGCCGCGGCCCAACCGAUCGUCAGCGACACCGCGUCCAGUAGCAGCUGGUCUCCGUCGGACUCGACCGGCUCCAACGGACACGGUCAUUCGUGCACGUACGCGUGCGCCAGACAGGGUCACUGCUACAAGUUCAAGACCAACAUCAAGCGGCGCUUCACGGCGACGAUGGAGCAGGCCCAGCCGGGCCCUCCCCGCUGGGGCUACGACCCACCGUCGAGCGGCUACAGCACCUCCUCCCACAGAGGAGGAAGCGGGAGGCAGGACUUCGUCGUCUACCGGCCGCAGAGACCCGCUUCGCCGACGGGCAGUCGCAUCGCCAUCUUCGCCCUCCACCCGAAGGGAAGCUACUACGUUCCGUUGACCCUCGACGAGCGACUCGUCUCGUCCAAGUUAGCCUCCUUUUCCGACUCCAAUCCCAUCCUUCAUCCGAUCAGCAUCUCCGUGAACUUCUGCGGGGCGGUCGCCGCCGGUCAGGUCCCCACUUGGACCGUGGACCUCGCGUCGGUGUUCGUGCCCAAGGCCGGCUCGGGACCCGAGCCGCCGAUGGACACCGAGCCCAAGGCCGAGGACCUUUCGGUCUCGGAAAGACCGGAUUCGGGGGCCGAAAGUUGCCAGUACAGACCGUAUCAGCGUGUCGUCGCUUGAUGUCGCGGGUCGUCCGUGUUCAUAAGCGUUCAUGUUCGUCGAAGUUUUUUCGUGUCGUGAUGUUCAUUCGGUCGUGAAAGCGUCCAUUAGCAAUGGGGUCGCUCGGGUCUUCGCUUCCCGAUGAGUUGGAUGCUCAUUUUCGAGAAUUCUUGUAUCGAUUUUGUAUGUUCGUUGUUUUACACGUUGAGAUUCGUGUAUUUUCUAAGUUACGACUGGCAGUGAUGGGCAAGUAACUCCCUGAAAGGAACUAGUUAUCGUCGCGAGUAUUAGGUGAUGAUAGUAAUUACUUACCAGGUAGAGUUUACAGGGAGCAACAGUGCAUUGCCUAAACAGAGUUAUCAUUUUCUUGAAAAUAGCAAUAGAGUUUCCAGGAGAAAAAUUGGCGAAUUGGCAAAUCGGCUGAAAGUUUCGUGCAAUUCUAUUUUCUUCUGCUCGUUUCGCUAUUGGACACGGACAGAAUGGCAUGAAAUUUAAAUUAUCCAUGGACUCGAUGAUAAUCAGGAAAUAGGGAUAUUUAAAUUCUCCAUUUAGAUCAUCUCAAUUUAAUGGAGAAUUUAAGUAAUACAUUUAAGCAAAUCGGUUACUGCCCAUCACCGACGGAUGGAAACUAUGUCGUUAUGUUAUCGAAAGGAGUAUUCUCCAUGCUAAAAAAAAAAAAUAAUAAUAGAAAGUGGUAGCGAUCGGAUCGUCUCGGUGUCACUGUGUAAAAUUUUCACAGGGAAAAAUUUUCACCGUCGGAUGGAAGAAAAUUCGCCUGGAGGAAAAAUGCGGCGGGCUGUUUUGCUGCACCGAAUUCGUUUUUUGCAAUUAUCAAGUCAUUGCGGAGGGUUAAAGAGAUUCAGAGAUGAAAAUUUUUUCUCUGUGAGAUUCCCUGCAUGUUGGCCGUGUCUUCAUUUGCUCCCGUGUCAUGUUUCGCUGGUGGGCGCUGGGGGGCGCUGGUGGGGGC